GGAGGACCGGUGCAGGCCCCUGAGCCUCGCGUUUCCCGCCUGGAAAGGCGUGUAAUGCAGUUCUAGUCGGGGCCCCGCGCAUGCCCCGGGGCCUCUCUCUCAGUCUCCCUGGCCUCGGUCCUGGGACGCUUUCGGAUCUUCUGUUUCGGGUGUCACCGUGCUGCCCUGGCGGGCCGAAAUCCUCUGCGUAGAGCCUUGUGGCCUCAAAUUUACAGUGGUCCCCGCAGCUCUGCUCCCGGGUGUUGGGAUUACAGAUGGACUCCCAGCGCGGCCAGCUUUUAUUUCUUUAGGUUUGGAAACGGGGCCUCUCCCUAUAGCCCAGGGUGGCUUCACCUUUUUAAAGUUUAGUUUGUAUGUCGGUUGUUUCUCGUCUGAGCCACGUAGCCUGCGGGGGGAAGGGAGCUGUGUGGUUAAAUGCACGCCCCGGCCUUAUUCAAAAAACAGACGGUCGGUUCCAGGACAAGGGGUUGCGCAACUGCCUCAAGAUGACACGGGAAACUUUUACAAGGGUCAGAGCGCGGGACUCGCGUGGGUUUGGCCGCAUGUCGGUGACCAGAACUCUUGUCCCUGCGCCGUCCGUUUUCGGAACUGGCUGUAUUACUUGCAUGUUGAGAGUUUGGAGUGAGUCUUGAGUUCAAGGCCGGUGCAGCCCCUCCACUCCAGUGUACGGAUGAGUGUGACUCUUGCAGGUGGAUCCCGUGCGCAGCCGAUUGGAAGAUCUGUCGCCUUGCACCUAAUUAGAGGCAUCAUGGAGGCACCCCCAGUCACCAUGAUGCCCGUCACUGGGGGCACCAUUAACAUGAUGGAGUACCUCCUGCAGGGAAGUGUUUUAGACCACAGUUUGGAAAGUCUCAUCCAUCGCCUUCGUGGCUUGUGUGACAACAUGGAGCCCGAGACUUUCCUUGAUCACGAGAUGGUGUUCCUUCUUAAGGGCCAGCAGGCCAGCCCGUUCGUCCUGAGGGCCCGGCGCUCCAUGGACAGGGCAGGGGCCCCCUGGCAUCUGCGGUACCUGGGACAGCCCGAAAUGGGGGACAAGAACCGCCACGCCCUGGUGCGCAACUGUGUAGACAUUGCCACAUCUGAGAACCUCACAGACUUCCUCAUGGAAAUGGGCUUCCGCAUGGACCACGAGUUCGUUGCCAAAGGACACCUGUUCCGGAAAGGUAUCAUGAAGAUCGUGGUGUACAAGAUUUUCCGAAUCCUGGUCCCGGGGAACACGGACAGCACAGAGGCCCUGUCGCUCUCCUAUCUUGUGGAAUUAAGUGUUGUGGCGCCAGCUGGGCAGGACAUGGUCUCUGAUGACAUGAGGAACUUUGCAGAGCAGCUCAAACCUCUGGUUCACCUGGAAAAAAUAGACCCCAAAAGGCUUAUGUGAUUAGGAAUUUGUGUCCGUCUCUGAGGUAGGCGAACAAGUGCCCAGUUACUGCUGCCAGCCAGGCCCACUGACCUCAGGAAGGUGUAUGGUGAAACAGUUUGGUUCCUUUGAACUGUCUCUUUUUUUUUUUCUCCCGAUGACAGAGUUUCACCAUGUAGCCCUGGCUCAUCUGGAACUCACUACAUAAACCAGCUAGCCGGUCCCAGAGGUCCCCUGCACUUCCCACUAGUGAGCCCGUGUUAAAGGCUCUCCUUAUUACCCCUGGCAGUUUCUUGUUGGCAGUCUUUUCCAGUGAAAGGCCCAGGCAACAUGGAGAUUUGCUCAAGCCCUCCCUCCACUCAGAGAACCGGAAGGCAAAACGUCAGAAAACAACUCUGAUAAUUGUUUUGCCUUUUUUCUUGUUUUUAAAAUGUUUUCUUAUUGCUUUAUUUAUUUUUUGUUUUCUUCAUGUUUUUAAUUGUUCUGUUUACAAAGUGUGUAACAGUGUCAUGAGCUGACAUUGUGGUAAUAAAGACAGAAAAGAACAAUUGUGA